AAAGUGUGUAUUUACAGAUAUGUGCCCGGGGGUCGCGCGGUCGUGUGCUGUAAGGCGCUAGGCGUGUGUGCAAGGGCGGUGCAAGUGGAAGGCGUGAACAUAGCUGUGGUGACAACUCGACUACAACAGGAGGGCUUUGACAUACAAGAUCAAGGACAAGUGAGAGGUUGGCUAACACCUCAACCAUUUUACUCAAGGCAAAUGGCUGAAUCUGGUGAUACAAAAGAUGUGAAAGAUAAGGCAGAGUCAGCAGGUGGGUCAGAAAGUGAACAGAUCAGUCUCAAGGUGAUGGGACAGGAUGGUUCUUCCUUACUCUUCAAGAUCAAGCGUCACACACCGUUCCGCAAACUCAUGGUUGCCUACUGUGACCGCAUGAAAAUGUCGCUGCACACGGUACGGUUCCGGUUCGACGGCGAGCCGGUGACGGAGAGCGACACACCGCUGACCCUCUCGAUGGAGGACGGCGACGCCAUCGAGGUGUUCCAGCAGCAGACGGGCGGCGCGUGAGGCCGCCGCGCGCCGGCCACGGGUGCACGCUGAGCCGGCUCGGCCCGUGCCGGAGCGCUUGGCAGCCGCCGACGGCGCGCGCGCGGCUCAGCUGGCAGUGGCGUACGGCGCGGUCGCGCGGCUCCCGCACCGGACGGGCCCUGUUUGCCACCUGUGACGGACGGCGCGCGGCGCGGGUGUCGGCACGUGGUGGUGAUGGGCCUGCGAGCCGUGCUGGGAGGGCCGGCGCUGGUCCGUGGUCGCCGUCGGGUGGCAAGCGAAAGCGUGAGGAGCGGGCAGACAUCGGUCGACGGUAGGAAUCGUGCCGGCUCCUGGGAGCUCGCCUGUCUCGGGGAAAGUUACAGAUCGUUGAAGGCAGCAUUGGGAAUCGGACUCUUAAAUGCUGGACGCGACGAUCCCUGGUAUGAAGGGUAUUGUCGGGGCCGCCGUCUGGCAACCGUUAAUUCGCCAUAAUUUCUGCAUUAGUCCUAAACCUGUCUCUGCCACGGCGCCUCGCCGUCUCGUCGCAAGAUCAUGUAUGACAUUAAACGUAACUCGAAAGACGCAAAACAUACCCCGGCAGCUGGGAUGUUUGGAACCCGACCAAGCGCCCAUGGAGACACCAGGCGAUGCCAUUGUGUCAAGUACCUGAUGUCAGGUGGGUGAGGAACGGCUGUUGGUGUUGGACAGCCGAGCACUUGUUGGUGAUGUCGGACCAGUGUGGACACGGUGGGUGGCGCGGCACACGCUGAUGUGGCGUCAGUGAGAGUGUUUGUGUGGAAGGCGUCCCCUCGCAUCGCAUUUUUCAUCCAUUGGCCCAUUUGUAGGAUGCAUUCUUGCGCGCUGCGAAGCUCGGCGCAGAGAAUACACGUUUGUAUCAUCAGAA